AUGGCGGUGAAACCACGCAUCCGACACCAAGGCCCGUUCCAGAGCGAUGCGCUGCUGGUGCCGGAGAACUGCCUGUUCGACCACAUCCACAACCAGACCAAGUGCUGGCAGUUCGACCGAUGGAACGCCACAGCUGCGGAUUCUUGCCGCGAGCGCGGUCUGGCGCUGCGGUCGUUCGCCAUGCUGCUACCCUGCGGCAUCUCGCUGUUCUCGGGCGUCGAGUUCGUCUGCUGUCCCAAACACUUCAAAGAUAACGGCAAGAUGAAGAAGCCACUGGAGCUGGCUGUUGCGGCGGCAGCGCUGAAGGGCAAAGAGCAGAAGAUCCUGGAGGCGGCGCAGCAGCAGCAGAUGGUCCAGCAGCAGCCGCCACAGCUGCCAGAGGAAGACGACGACGAGGACGACGACGACGAGGAGGAGGACGAGCUGCCCGAGGACGAACUCAGCGAGGAUGACGAGGACGAAGAUGCGGACCAGGAACAGGAUCAGGAGCAACAGGAACAGGACGACGCCGUGACAGACGAAGAGGACGAGACGGAGGAGGGCGCCGGUGAUGACUACGAUGAUGAUGACGAGGAAGAUGAGGGUGCUGUGGACAAGGAGCAGGAUGCGAGCAGCGCGGCCCCAGCUGCAGCUGCUCUGCCCAGCCCCACGGCUGCACCCGCCACGGCCUCCGGAGUCGGCUCACAGGCGGCCACCCCCGUGCCCACGCCCGACCCCUACUUCACGCACUUCGACCCACGCAUCGAGCACCAGGCCUACAAGGACGCACAGCAGCGACUCGAGGAGCAGCACCGGGAGAAGGUCACUAAGGUGAUGAAGGACUGGUCAGACUUAGAGGAACGCUACCAGGAUAUGCGUGCCAGCGACCCUCGAGCUGCCGACGACUUCAAGCGCCGCAUGACACAGCGCUUCCAGAUGACAGUGCAAGCCCUGGAGGAAGAGGGGGAUGCUGAGAAGCACCAGCUGGUCGCCAUGCACCAACAGCGGGUUGCCGCACACAUCAAGGAGCGCAAGAAGGAUGCCAUGACCUGCUACACUCGUGCUCUGAGCGACAGCCCACCAAAUACGCACCGUGUGCAGAAGUGCCUGCAGAAGCUGCUGCGUGCACUGCACAAGGACCGCCACCACACCAUCUCCCACUACCGCCACUUACUCAUCUCCAGCUUCGAGCAGGCCGAGCGUGAGAAGGCUGCGACACUCGAGCACCUCACCGAGAUUGACCGCACUGUCAAUCAGUCACUGCAGAUGCUCGAGAGGUAUCCGGAGCUGCGCACCAAGAUUGGCCAGCUGAUGGAGGACUACAUCCAGGCCCUACGUAGCAAGGACGAGACUCCGGGCUCUCUCUUGGCCAUGACGCGGGAUGCGGAGGCAGCUAUUCUGGAGAAGUACCGUGCAGAUGUUGCAGCCAAACAGGAAGAGAAGGAACGCCAGCGCCAACUAGAGAAACAACGUAAGGAGCAGCGUAAGAAGGAGAGGGCAGAACUGUCGCGCCAGCAGCAGCAACAGCAGCAGCAGGACGCUCCGGCAGAGGCGGCCGUGAUACCGGCAGAGGAGGAUGCGGCGGUGGCGGCGGUGGCUCCGCAGCCCGCAGUGCAGGCGCAGGCAGGACAGCAGGCUCCACCCGUGCAGCCAGCCGCCUACAGCUCGGCCGCCCCACCCGAGUCGGAGACCGCAGCUGUGCACCACCAGGAGGAGCCACCUGCCAGGGUCGCACACGCGCAGACCCACGAUGUGAGCCACAGUGAAGCGACUUUCUCAGUACGACGUGAGGUGUACCAUCGGGAGAACAAGAGCAUCUACUUCACUCUGGCUUUUGCCGGCAUCACACUCAUGGCAGCUGUGAUAGUUGGCAUAGCCGUGCUGCGGAGAAGGAGCGCUCGGUCACCGCAAAACCAGGGUUUUGUCGAGGUAGACCAGGCGGCGACCCCAGAGGAGCGACAUGUGGCCAACAUGCAGAUCAACGGCUACGAGAACCCCACCUACAAGUACUUCGAGGUGAAGGAGUAAGGUAGGAGUGGGAGGCCGUAGUCUGCCGGCGCCACUCGUCUGGCGUUUCCUCGGUGUCACCCAGAUAUCCCUUGCCCUGUCCCGAAUGCAGAUAUUUGUCUAUAUGGAUGGUAUCCUUUUUUAGUUUGUAAUAUGUGGCAAAGAAGUAAGAUUUUAAGAAGCAGAAUAUACAAUACCUUAACAGCAGAAGCUAUAUGUACAGUGUGUGUCUGCUAACCACCUCAAUGUAUUAACACUACUACUACUAUUAUAUUAAUAAUAGCUACUGUACACUGUUAAGACAAUUUGAUGUAACACAGUACCGGUGUGUAUAAAGCAAAAUAUGUAAUGGUGUCUGUAUAUUUUUUCGUUUGUAAUAAUACCUACUGCUCGUCUAUGUUUGUUAUAUUGAUAAUAAUAAUACUAUGUCUAAUAAAAAGGGUAAGUAUUUGUAGGGAGUUGCUGUCUAUAUGUGUGGAAACUUUCAUUGCCAUCAUUGACUUUCGUUACCAGUACCGCUGUAAGAUAAAUAUUUGCACGGCUUCACUACUUGAGCAAGGCAGUGAGGCAACUGUAGGUGAUCCGUGGUGCUUGCACUGUGAGCUAACAGAGUAUUCACUUUGAGCACACUUCUCCAUAUCCACUGUAUGUUUCUCCCUCUGACCAUCCUGGUUUCUACUUCUAAUCUUAAAUGAUUUGGCACGUACUAUCCCGAAGACAGCAGAUCGGAGGCAGUACGGGAGUGCUGUAUGAACUUUGGUGUUCAGAUGUCAAUUACGUUCUAAAAGUUGUCAUCCUUUUGACAUCUAAACGAGAGCCUGAACAUCCAUUAUAGGCUACAGUAAUCUACAACUUUUUUCCUCCCCCUUUGAUUUAUCGUUCGAGAUAGCAAACUGUUUCAGUCACAUAGAGAUGGCUACAAUAUUUGAUGUCAUUCCUACAUAAUAUUAUAAAGAUGGGUGAGCAAAUGUACAAUUGUGGUGUUAGCUUUUUGAAACAUGAUAAAAAAGUAUAGUGUGGUGUUAUUUUUGGAUGUGGGUGUUUUUCUUUCUGUGCGGUGGGAUUAGGAAGUACACUUAAAAUAAUAUUAAAAUAAUAAGGCUCCCUCCAUAUAUAGUAUUUUACUUUUUUAAUUGUAUUAAAGCUAAUAUAAAUGAUUAAAAAAAACUAGAUUAUUACACAAGCUUUGCAAGUAUAAACUAGAAUACUAAUAAUAUAUGCAUUUAAUAAUGUAACAAUGUUCACUUGAUGGGUAAAUGUUUUAUGAAGAGGUACAGUUGCAUCUAGCUCCUGCAUACUUAAACUUACUUGUAAAUGUUCGAGGAAAUCCUUUAGUCCUCAAAUGUCAAAUAUACAGCAUAUUACUACACACUCCACAGAAUGCCCGUAUGGUUCACUCUUAGCAGUUUGCUUCUAGUACUCUGUACUACUUUCUGGACAUUUACCCAUCAAACUUGUUCACCUAGAUGAUAAUAAGAUGGAGAAAAUUGUAAAUUACAAGAAUAUUUUGAAAAUCAUUUCAUCAUACAUAUUGUUUUGAUAAGUGUGGCAUCUCAUAAUUAAAUAUAGUUGGCACCUCUGAUUAAGAAUUUUUGUUCAAUCUUGUGUAUCACUUUCAUAGUAAAAUUGAAUAAAGAUGUGUACCCUACAAAUGUUGUGUUACAACAUCUGUGACGUUAUUUCCUGGGAGUAAACAGGAAAUUUUAGCCCUCAUUUUCCAUCUUUCAUGUGGGGCAAUCCUGACCGUAAUACCUAUUGAAAAUACCCUUGGAAUAUUGAAACAGUUUUAAGUAAUUCUGAUUAUGUGGCCUCGAAGGAUUCAACAUUGCUAAGUGGCAACAUGGUUAUACAGUAAACUGGUUGUCAUUUUCCUUUCACUACAACAAUACCCGAAUUGAAAACUUUGUGUGUUUUGUAUCACUUAAAGAUUCCACUGUUUGAUCAUUUUUGAAGCUAAAGGUUUUGUCUCAUUCAGAUGCUCAGUUUGAGCAAUACUGUUAUUUAUUUUUGUGUAUUUAUGAGAUACUGAAGAAACUUCAGAAGCAAUGUUUGUUUUUAAAUCCUAAGAACCUUUCUAUAUGUUACAGAGGUCUCUGAUUUUCAACUUAAGAUGAAAUAGGAACAGUAGUUUUUUGUCCAUGCUGUAUAUGGAGACUGAUAUGAGAAGUCAUCCAGAGUGUCUCCUCUUGUUCUAUUAAAAACUGACAAUGAACUGCACUCACCUCAUCUGUGAGGCUAUAGCAGAAACUUAACUGAACUCAUGGCAUAACAUAAAGAGUUCAAAAACUCUUUUUACUAUAAAAAAAAUUAAAUGGAUAAUCAUGAAAUUUUGUUCAAAGUCUGGUGUGUCACUAUUGCUACCAUGUUUCAAAUAAGGGGAUUAGAGUUGCCUAUAUAUGGUUUUUUUCCACCCAGCAUAUUACUCUCUUAAUCUGAAUUACUGCCCACAAUACUUUAAUGUUUGGUGCAGGUGGAUUUAAUUAGGUCCGUUUUUCCAGCUAAGCAUAAGAAACCCAGAGAGACUGUUGUUGGUAAUUUAUAUACUGAUUUUUCUGAUAAAAAUGCAAAAGUUGAAUUUUUUCUCCAUUAACAGGAGACCAUUCGGUAACAUCAGUGUCAGUUUCUAAAUAUUUGUGGUUAAAAGAAAAAUAUUGAGCACAUGAUUAGGGAAAGAGUAAUUUUGACAUAAGGAUUCACAUUAUUCAGCAGAGACCAAGAAGCCACAUGUAUCCAACUAAAACGUUUUCUCUCUCCCCCCCUUUUGUUUUCUAGAGAGCUACUUGUGGAGACCCAGUCUUGAGGUGUAUUUUUCUGUACCAGAAAAGUUUUACAAUGGCCACAGAAGGAUCCUGUUGGCCAAUGUUAGAUAAAUAUGGAAACAAAAAUCAGGAACAAUAUGUACAAACAUUAUACCUUUGCACUGGCUUCCUGGUCAAUAUGGAUUGGGCAAAGUUAAAAAGCUUUUAUUCUUUUUUUUUCAUCAGAGGUGUCAUUAAUAAGUAUAAGACUUUACAUCUUUUCAACACCACACAAAUAGAGGAAAUUUCAAAAGCACAGUGCACAAAGAAGAAAUACAUGUUUGCCAAAAAAUAAAUUUAAAACUUUCAAAAUUUGGCAUUUAAAAUAAGUUUUAUAAAGUUAGACUAUAACUAUAAUUACUUUCCUCUUUCUUUCCUUGUAAUAUUUUGUGUAUUCUGUGGCCAUUGUAAAUUUGAUUAAGAAAUAAAUAAAGACGCUAAGUAA